UGCUGCAUUUUUCUUUUAGGCAUUCUCCAACAUAAAUACCCUACUCAGCUAAAACCAAAACUUCACUGUUCCUGGAUCACCUAAAGGUCAACCAUUAGGCUCCAUCGCACUGAACUAAUCUGCAUUCGAAGCUGUUCACCUGCAGUAAUUCGCAUUGGUUAGAAUUGAACAUGUCUCAAAUUCAAAUUCAGAAUCCAUCUGCUGCCCUCUCGGGGAGCCAAAUCUUGAAUAAGAACCAGUCUCUCUCUCAGCCUUUGAGUAUUCCUUCUACCACUAGUUCCCUGCCCUCUGAAAAUGCAGGUAGACCUAUUCAAAAUUCUGCUUUACCCUCUGCAUCUGUUACAUCCACCAGUGCAGCUGCAGCUCCUUCUAACAUGGCAAACCCCAAAGAGAAAACCCCAAUGUGUCUUGUGAAUGAGUUAGCCCGUUUCAACAAGAUUCAGCCCGAGUAUAAGCUUUUGAGUGAGCAAGGUCCAGCUCAUUCUAAGGUGUUUACAGUGCAGCUGACUCUUGGGGACCAGCACUGGGAAGCUGAAGGAACUAGUAUUAAAAAAGCUCAACAUGCGGCGGCUGCCAAAGCAUUGGAAGGGACAAAAUUUCCUAAACCUACAGCUCGUCCAUCUCGUAGCGAAGGAAAAAACCCAGAUAGUGUAACCCCCACAGUGGAGCUCAAUGCACUUUGCAUGAAGCUGGGAAAGAAACCUAUGUACAAACCCAUUGAUCCUUAUACAGGGAUGAGAUCCACCUACAACUAUAAUAUAAGAGGUGGUGCUUAUCCACCGCGGUACUUUUACCCAUUUCCUGUCGGACCCUUACUUUAUCAAGUUGAGCUCUCUAUUGGAGGACAGCAAUUUCAUGGGAAAGGAAGAACAAGACAGGCUGCUAAGCAUGAUGCAGCUGCUAAAGCACUGAAAGUUUUGCAGAAUGAGCCCCUGCCUGAAAAACCAGAGGUUAAUGGAAAAGAACCAGAUGAUGAAAAUCUCAAUAAAUCUGAAAUAAGCCAAGUUUUUGAGAUUGCACUUAAAAGGAACUUGCCUGUGAAUUUUGAGUUUUUCCCUCUGAAACAGGUGACCAAGGAAAGUGGUCCUCCCCACAUGAAGAGCUUUGUAACCAAGGUGUCGGUUGGGGAAUUUAUGGGCGAAGGUGAAGGAAAAAGCAAGAAGAUCUCUAAGAAAAAUGCCGCAAUAGCAGUCCUAGAAGAACUGAAAAAACUGCCCCCCCUUCCUACGGUUGAGAAAAUGAAGCCACGAAUCAAAAAGAAAACAAAAUCAAUAGUGAAACUGCAAACAAGCCCAGAAUAUGGCCAAGGAAUGAAUCCUAUUAGCAGACUUGCUCAGAUACAGCAGGCCAAAAAAGAAAAGGAGCCAGAGUAUAUGCUCAUCACAGAACGUGGUCUUCCAAGGCGCAGGGAAUUUGUUAUGCAGGUGAAAGUUGGUGUGCACACAGCUGAAGGAAUGGGCACAAACAAGAAAGUAGCUAAACGCAAUGCAGCUGAAAACAUGCUGGAGCUUUUAGGUUUCAAAGUCCCUCAACCUCAACCCCCUAAACCAGCAUUAAAAACAGAAGAGAAGACGCCAGUAAAGAAACCAGGUGAUGGAAGAAAAGUAACCUUCUUUGAACCAGGCUGUGAAGAAACUUCAAAUAGUAAUAAAGAUGAUGAGUUUAGGAUGCCUUAUCUCAGCCAUCAGCAGCUUCCAGCUGGAAUUCUUCCCAUGGUCCCUGAAGUUGCACAAGCUGUAGGAGCCAAUCAAGGACAUCACACCAAAGAGUUCAGUAGGGCAGCCCCCAACCCUGCCAAGGCUACAGUAACGGCCAUGAUUGCUAGAGAGCUAUUAUAUGGUGGUACUUCUCCUACUGCUGAGACCAUAUUAAAGAAUAACAACUCAUCAAGCCACGUACCCCAUGGACCACUCACUAGACCCUCUGAACAGCUGGACUUUCUUUCCAAUGUUCAGGGCAUCCAGGUUGAAUAUAAAGACUUUCCCAAAAAUAACAAGAAUGAGUUUGUAUCUCUUAUAAACUGUUCCUCUCAGCCACCACUGAUCAGUCAUGGAAUUGGAAAGGAUGUAGAAUCUUGCCAUGAUAUGGCUGCACUGAACAUUUUAAAGUUGCUGUCUGAGUUGGACCAACAAAGUACAGAGAUGCCAAGAACAGGAAAUGGACCAAUGUCUGUAUGUGUGAAACAAGAAAUGGAAAGCGACCCUCUCCUCAAACCGGCUAACUCAAACACUUUGGGACAAACACUGGACAGCACUGCCUAAAAAGGCUUUUGACUGGACCCAAACCUGAAAGCACCAGAGAAAAUCAAAUGCUUCCUAUUAAUGUAACCUAACUGUUUUAGAGUGCUACAGUCUUUACAACCUACUGUAGUAUCUAAAUCAUAACCGUUGCUUUCUCUUCAAACAGUGAUAAAUUUUUAGUUUCAUUAUUGUUUUGAUUGAAAUGACACUAUAAAUUUUUCAUUUAAAAGUUUCUUAAUUGUAUCUAGAACAAAUAGCACAGUUUAGAAACUUUGUCUUCUGGGACUGACAUGUUAUCUGUGAACUAACUUGGGACGAUCAUAUCCAUGUAUGUGGUUAUUUUGUUUUUACUGAAAUAGCAAAGUUUCACUGGAAACAAAUUGUGUGCCCUCCACUUUAUUUAAAAAAAAAGAAGUCCAGGAUCUUGGCAAGCCAAGCUUAAUUCUCCAACGGUUGUAUGAAUUAAACGUUUUAGGAAUUUUAAACCUUGUUUGAUCAUUUUUGGUUAAUUUCUAAUUUUCUUGAGGGGGGAGCGGGGGGGACUUGAAUGCAAGAGGAGUCUAAGUGAUUUCUGAUCUAUGUUUUAAAGAUUGUGUCAUAUAUAUCUAUAUUAUACAUAUAAUAUAGAUAUAUAGCUAUAUAUAUAUGUGGCACACAGCUCACUACAUUACAGGAUAUGAUCUCAAUGUAGUGCAUAUAAAACUGCAGAUUGAUUUUCCUUGAGUGCUUUAUACUGUUUAAUUACAUCUCCAUGUAGGGCUGAAAAAAAUUACCUAUGUUUAUAUAUAAACUGUGUUGCUUUUGAUGUUGUGUUAUUGUGCACGCAACUGUGCACAAUAAAGUUUUCUGCAUAUGGUCCAGGUAAAGCACGAUAGCCUUGCAAGUUAAGUACUGCUUCAGUUCAUUGUUUACGCUGGAAUUUUUUCUCCCCAUGGAAUGUAAGUAAAACGUAGUGUUUGUCACCAAUAAAUGGUAAUAUUAAAUUUUUUGGGUUAAUUUAUUCUUGUAUGCCACUACUGGGGUUGCUUUUUUAAUAGGAUUUGUAAUGCUUGUGAUAUAGUAUGGGCAGUAAUGUAAAGCUAUGAAGUAACUGUACAAUGGUUGAUCAAUAACCUAUAAAUAACUACAUUUUUAGUAAAGUGGAGGUUGUGACACACACUAGCAAGAUCAAGGAAAAUCAAAAGUAAUAUGGGGGGACACUCUGUCUUUGGUGCCACAAUGUCUUAGCAUAUAAAUACAUUAAUGGGAGCUUAAAGUGAUUUAAAGUUAUAACGUGAUUUUGAAAGGAAAAAAAGUGGUAUGGCAGCUUGGAACAGUUUUUGAAGCUUACUCUUUACUUUUAAGUUUCCUUGCUUGCUCUGUAACUUUAGUCAUAACCUUAGCCUUGCACUUAGUAAUUUUGGGGGAGUAGUACUUUA